CGGCGCCAUGGCGGCGGGAGGCGGCUGGUUCCGCUCGCUGGCGCUCAGCGUCUCCUUCCUCAAGUGCCUCCUCGUCCCCGCUUAUUACUCCACAGAUUUUGAAGUACACAGGAACUGGCUUGCCAUCACUCACAACUUACCCCUCUCUCAGUGGUACCAUGAAGCCACUUCGGAAUGGACCCUGGAUUAUCCUCCAUUCUUUGCUUGGUUUGAAUAUGUACUUUCACAUGUUGCCAAGUACUUUGACCCCAAGAUGUUGGUCAUCAAAAACCUAAAUUACACCAGUGACUCUACCAUCAUAUUCCAAAGAUUCUCUGUCAUCUUUACAGAUAUCCUUUUCAUAUAUGCAGUUCGUGAAUGCUGCAGAUGUGUAAAUGGGAAACGAGCUGCAAAGGAUAUCCUGGAAAAACCAACGUUUAUUCUUGCUGUCCUGCUCUUGUGGAAUUUUGGGUUGUUAAUUGUGGAUCAUAUUCACUUCCAGUACAAUGGCUUUCUGUUUGGUCUGAUGCUUCUUUCUGUUGCCCGACUUUGUCAGAAAAGAUACUUGGAGGGUGCUCUUCUUUUUGCUGUUCUGCUGCAUUUCAAACACAUCUACAUUUAUGUGGCUCCAGCAUAUGGCAUUUACCUGCUGCGUUCCUAUUGUUUUACUGCAAAUAAUGCAGAUGGAUCCCUGAAGUGGAGAAGUUUCAGCUUCCUUCAUGUAACUCUUCUGGGAUUGAUUGUCUGUCUUGUUUCUGCUCUUUCAUUGGGCCCCUUCAUAGUGUUGGGCCAGUUGCCUCAAGUCGUUUCCCGGCUUUUCCCUUUCAAGCGAGGCCUCUGCCAUGCCUAUUGGGCUCCUAACUUCUGGGCUCUGUACAAUGCCAUGGAUAAAGCACUAACAAUUUUGGGUUUAAAGUGCAACUUCCUUGAUCCCACAAAAAUUCCAAAAGCCUCCAUGACAGGAGGGCUGGUUCAAGAAUUCCAGCAUACUGUUCUCCCUUCUGUGACUCCUCUGGCAACAUUAAUCUGUACUUUCAUAUCUAUAUUGCCCUCUGUUUUCUGUCUUUGGUUUAAACCUCAAGGGCCCCGGGGCUUCCUUCAGUGCCUUGUUCUCUGCGCGUUGAGCUCCUUCAUGUUCGGCUGGCACGUGCAUGAGAAGGCAAUCCUCCUUGCCAUUCUGCCUCUAAGCUUGUUGUCUGUUCAGAGGGCAAAGGAUGCUGGCAUCUACCUGAUCCUGGCAACCACAGGGCACUUCUCACUUUUUCCACUGCUGUUCACACUGCCAGAGCUUCCAAUUAAAAUACUGCUUAUGCUGCUGUUUACAGUUUAUAGCUUCUCUGCAUUGAAAUCUCUAUUCAGGAGAGAGAGGCCUCUCCUGAACUGGCUUGAAACGAUCUACCUCGUCCAACUAGUGCCUUUGGAAAUAUUCUGUGAAAUGAUCUUUCCUCUGACCCCCUGGGAACAGCACUUCCCUUUUGCCCCCCUGUUGCUGACCUCUGUGUACUGUGCUCUGGGCAUCACCUACGCCUGGCUCAAACUCUACGUCUCUGUCUUCACCGAGCGGAUCUCAGUGAGACAAAAGGCUGAGUGAAACUGUGGUGUUGGGACCAGUCCCAGGCUUGAGGGAACAGUGGGGCACUGUGAGGGGUUGUAACAAGGACCUACAACUCUCAGUACAACACAGUGUCUAUGUAUCAUCACCACAAGCAGAGCUGCUGUUCCAACACACUCCUGUACUGACCAAUGAGGAUACCUCUCAUCAGAAGCACUUGUCACAGUAACAUGGGACAUGCUGAGAUGCCACUUGCCCCGGGGGUAGACUGUGAAGUUUCAUGAGGUCCAGACUUCUGUCCCAAGGAAAACCUGCCUGGCUUUCCCAUUACUGUUUGUAUUUGAAUAAAAAUCACUGUGGCAAAGUACAAGGGAUCAUUGCUGUGUAGAAGAGAGUGCUCUAACUGCAUUCCGUGGAAUAUGUAAAUUAAAAACUUGAUACUUUUUGUUUGAGCAA